GAAGCAGCUGUUGCCUGUGUCCCUAUCUGCAGUGCAAAGUCCUCCCACUCCUAUUUGGCAGAGCUGCAGGAGAGCAAAACAGAUGUGCAGCCCCAUUUGGGAGCAUUCACAGGACACAGCAAGAGGCUUGGGCAGAGGAUGAGGAUGGCACAGAGGAUGAGGAUGGAGUGGUCUCAUUGUUUCCCCUUUGUUGGCAAGAGGAGCUGUGAAGGCAGACACCACAGGACUCCCUGCCUACGCUGCUGGGCGGUACUGGGCUUGCCACUCCUUUGAGCAAGGGUGAAGGGCAACUUCCUCACCUCCUCCUCCUCGCUAUCUGCCCAUUGCUAGGCAGAGGCAGCUCCCUCCCAGGGCAGGAGGGAGGCCCACACGGAAGUCAAAGGCAACGCUCCAUUCACAUGCAACCUCAGGCAGAGUAACAACACUGCAACGAAACCCUGAACCUUUGGGAGCCUCUCAGCUUGUCCUCAACCUGUCAGACAGAUCAGAGAAAAAAGGAGAGCAGAGGAAGAGAAAGAUUCCAAUUCACAAUGCAGGAGGAAAUUCUGUUGACUCCCUGGAGAAGUUUUCCUUUCGAAGACUCAGACCCAUUUGCCCUCAUGGAUGAAGAGAAGUGGGAUUUUGUCCUUGUGAGUGACAUCCAUCAAACGGGCAGUGAGAAAGAGAUCAAGAGGAAGAAGUUCCUGGAUGAGCUGAGCAAGAAGGGGUUCAUCAUCAAGAAAAUUGAGGACAGGAAGCUAUUUUAUGGUGUCCGUGCCCCAAAACACUUCUUCCGGAAAUACCAGUGGCUCUUGAGGAACCCUGACAGCAGGCUGCAAGAUCUCAAUGCCCAGCGGGACAUACCAGUGACCACCAGGAUACGGAUCGUGAACUUCAUCUUGCAUAACACAGUGACACCCGACCUUGAGAAGCUGCGUGACCUGAUGAAGAAGAAUGUCUUUGAGGCAGCAUUUCCACUGCAUGAGAAAGAAGAGGUAAGGGAAUUCCUGAAGGAGAAAUGGGCCCGCUGGAGAGAUAUAUUUUGCCAGCAGCCAAUUGAGAAGAUCAGAUGCUAUUUUGGUGAGAAGGUGGCCCUCUACUUUGCCUGGCUCGGCUGGUACACCUACUUGCUGGGAUUUGCUGCAGCAGUUGGACUGGUGGUCUUUGUGGCUGGGAUUACUGUUUUCAAUUCCAGCCAGGUGAGCAAGGAGAUCUGUGAAGCCAACGACACCAUCAUGUGCCCGCUCUGUGACCAGAAGUGCCCAUUCUGGCUGCUCUCUGACACCUGCACGUAUGCCAGGGUCACUCACAUGAUUGACAACGAGGGAACAGUUGUGUUUGCCAUGUUCAUGGCAAUCUGGGCCACUGUGUUCCUGGAGUUAUGGAAGAGGCAAAGAGCCCAAGUGGUCACCAACUGGGAGCUGUACGGAUGGGAUGAGGAUGAGGAGGAGCUGGCUAUGGAGCUGAUCAACAAUUUGCAGCAUGAACCUCGGCGGUAUCGGCACUCUUACUUUCGCAGCACCAUUGUGCUCCUCUUGGUUCUGCUCAUGAUUGUUGUACUGAUUGGCAUCGCCCAUGCACUUGUCAUUUAUCGGGUGGUCGCCACGGCUCUCUUCACCCAGAGUGACUCCGAGUUCUUCCGUGAGCAGGCUAACUUGGUGGCAGUGAUGACAGGAGCUGUGCUGCACUACAUUACCAUUGUCAUCAUGACCAAGAUCAACAGGCGUGUGGCUCUCUUCCUCUGUGAUCUGGAGAAACCACGGACCUUCUCCCAGCGUGAGAACAACUUUACCAUAAAGAUCUUCAUCUUCCAGUUUUUGACGAACUUUUCUUCGCUCAUCUACAUUGCUUUCUUUCUGGGGAGGAUCAAUGGCCACCCAGGAAACUAUGUGCGCAUUGCUGGCAAGUGGAGGCUGGAGGAGUGCCACCCCAGCGGCUGCAUCACCGACCUCUUCAUCCAGAUGGCCAUCAUCAUGAUGCUCAAGCAAACUAUCAGCAAUGUGGUGGAGUACCUUGUCCCCUGGCUAGCCCACAAAAUACGCAAGAGGCAGAAGCGUCCCAAGAAGAAACACCUGGUGUUGGGGGAGGAGGAGGAGGUUGAGGACCCCUGCAAAAAGCAGUGGCUCAGCAACUAUCAACUCAACGAAGUCAACAUCUUCAGCUUGUUUGAUGAAUUCUUGGAGAUGGUGAUCCAGUACAGCUUCACCACCAUUUUUGUUGCUGCCUUUCCCCUGGCCCCAUUGCUGGCAUUCUUCAACAACCUCUUCGAGAUCCGCCUGGAUGCCAUCAAGAUGAUGCGGCUGCGCCGGCGCAUGGUGCCCAGGAAGGCCAAUGACAUUGGAAUUUGGCUGCAGGUCCUGGAAGCCAUCGGCAUCCUGGCUGUCAUCGGGAAUGGAUUGGUGAUUGCCAUCACAUCAGACUUCAUUCCUGUGCAGGUCUACAAGUACACAUACAGCCCCUGCAUGAAAGAAAACAACACUGCUAUUGACUGCUCGACUGGCUACAUCAACCACAGCCUCUCUGUCUUUCAUAUCAAGCACUUUGAGCCAGACACAAAUCUGGCCACAGAGAUCUUAGAUUUGGUCAAGAAUGGGACGACAGCAUGCAGGUACCGGGAUUACAGGAAUGAUGAAGACUACAGCUACACUGUCCAGUUCUGGCAUGUCUUUGCAGCUCGGCUUGCCUUCCUCAUCCUAUUUGAGCAUGUGGCUCUGUGCGUCAAACUGAUUGCAGCCUGGUAUGUCCCUGAUGUGCCUCUGUCAGUUAAGAAUCAUCUUCUGCAUGAAAAGCACAACAACCUUCGGAAAGAACUGAGCAUGAUGGAGUACUCCACUGAGGUGUAGCCUCCUCUAAUGGAAGAAAGUGAAACAUGGACCUGAGCCCCUCUCCUCAGUCUGCCAGCACAGCCAGAGAAACAAUCACCUGAUCUGGCUGUCACCAAGCAUAGACUUGAAUUGGGGAGCGAUGAGCUUCACAGGAGCAGGAUGCUUAUGACUGGUCCAGCCAAAAAGAGGAAGAAAGUGGCAGCAGAGAUGGGAACAGUGUCUUCCCAGCACACUCAGCAGCUGGGGAAGGGCUUUGGCAGAAUGGAGCCAGGCUCCCCCACAGUCCUCAGCUCCAUGCGGAGAGCUCAGCAUGUUUGGCAGCAUCCAGCCAUCACUGGGUGAUCAUGACACUGGACUGCAGGAGGUGAUCUGGCUCCCAUGUCAGUCAUUGCCUUCAUGUGCUGUGUGGCAUCACAGGAAAAAGUGGCUACCUCAUUCCAGGUUCCCUCUCCAACUCUUCCUUGCACUUUGCCCCCUUCUUCCUCUGCUUUGAGUUUUGCACAGGGCCCUGCCAUGCCCCUGCAUCCGCUUUAACUCAACUACAAGAAAAAAUGGCCAAUAAACACAGUGACUGUACAGACUCGA